AUGAUGUUUUUCUCUGGACUCGCCAUAGGCUUGAUGGCCACUAGUGCCUCGGCAUUCUCAGCUAUCGCACCAGGAGAUAAGCUUCCAGUUGUUGAUCGGCAGGUACCAGGGUACCUUGAAUCUCAAGACGCAUUGAAAGAAGCAGGGGUUGACGAAGUCAUCGUCUAUUGUGUGAAUGACGGAGCGGUGAUGACUGCUUGGGGAAAGGACCAAGGCAUCGAUGAUAGUAUGGUCAAGUUUUUUGGCGAUCCAUCUGGUGCAUUCACGAAAGCACUAGAUAUGGAAAUGACUCAUCCUGGCCCAGCAUCUGUUGGUAUUAUUGGCCGUUCAAAGCGAUUUGCUAUGCACAUUGUUGAUGGUGAAGUUAAGGGUGUUGCUAUUGCAGAGUCCGAGUUUGAUCCAGCUGGUGAUGAUUUCCCUGAAAAGACUCUCGCACCUGCCCUAAUCGAAAUGGCAAAGGAGUCUUAA